AUAGGUCCUCGUCCUCCACAGGGAUCAGCGCGCGUUUCUCCUCUAUUCGUAUUAAAAACGCGUCACUACCUUUGAUUCCUGUGAAAUUCAAAUUUUAUUUUCUCAUAAUGUUGUAAACCUCGGUAGCGGGAUUGUACGCCCGCCGUGGCGUAUCGCGCGGAAACGGAGUCGCCCGCUCCACACGUGGUCGCUCACGGGAGGGCGGGGCUGCUAACUCUACCCGCGGUUGCACGAAGGGAGACGGGGCCGUCAGCUCUACGCGCGGAGGGGGUCGGAUCGACGGAGGGCACCGCGAAACCUCCUGUAGUGCGCCCUCAAAUUUUCCAUCCUCCUUGCUCGACUCUCCCGCGGAUACUUCGGAGGUGUCAGAGGGCUUCUCCGACCUGUAGGGCCUUAUAUCGGAUUAGUCUUCGCUUAAGGGUAGGGUGGAUCCCCUUAAUGGACUCCCUCCUCUCCUCCAAUUUCUGCCGAAUCUCCUCGGUACUAAGCGCAUCUAUCCAUUUCCACGGGGGUGGUUGUUGCGGUAUCACGAAGCACGCGAAUGACAGGAAUCACACGAAUAUCUCGGUAUCCAGCUCCAAUCGAACCCACAGUAAGCUCGGUGUUUCGUUAUUUCGGUGUGCGCUCCGUGCACUCCACAGCAACAAUACUCAGUAUAAGAUCGAAAUCCCAACGACUUCCCGGCCGAGGCCACCUCAAUAAAUAUCACGAAAUUCACAACAACAAUAGGCCUCGAUGGGAAUUAUCACAACACUCCUGCUGAGUCUGUUACGGCAACGCACGUCGCGAAAAUCAUAAACAUUAAUCACAGAAAUUCGAGCUUCACGAGGCUGUCACGCGGGAUGAGGAAAAUAAACGCAAAACAAUUAUAUCACGGAACACGCUCCCUAAGUCCUCACUAAUAUAGGCACAUCGCAUGAAAAAUAAUAAAUUCGGUACCCCAAAACAAGCGCGAUAGUAAAGUCGUACAGCGGCAUUCACUUACGACGAACAGAUCAUAGCACGCGGUGCGAGGCGCAUUGUUUACGCUCGCGAGCCGGCGCGCGCGCGCGCAAUCCCUCGGUAUGCGUAUGAAGCAAUCGCCUCGAUCUCUCGGUACACGCUUCUAUCACGCAAGGUCACGCGCGAUGGCACACUAAAUUUCACGCACCGUACUUCACUUAGAAUCGGGACAACAAUAAUAAUUAGGGCAUCAACAAUAAUCAGGGCGAUAAUAACAAUAUCUAAUAAAUCGGGAACACAAAUAUACAAUACAGAAAAAUUUUCAGAUAAGCAAAAUAGCAAAAGAAAGAAAAGAAAGAUAAUAUAAUGGGGCAAACACAACAGAACACAUGCACAUGCAAAAAUGCGGCACGAAUAUUCGAGACGACAGUACUGCGAUCUCUCUCCUCUAUCCUUUCGUUAUAUCAUGGACCCCACGUUGGGCGCCAAAUUUGCGACGUUAUAUGUUACUUUUCUUCGCGUCUACAACUUCGUCGUGCUCCUUAACAUUAGUUGGACGCCAGGCGCGAAAUCCGCGCCGCACAAAAUUCGCAAAUCUCGGUACUUCGCACGACAGCCGAAUGCCUGCUAGCCCGUCUCUACACGAAGUGGCAGAGGGGCGAGGUUCUCGGUACGCGGAAUAGGAGAGGAGAUGUCUCGCAUUAAAAACUCAAUGGAAUUAAUGAAUAUUAAAGUCGUAUGUUGAAAAUAAAAUAUCAAUAGUUCUAUAUGACGGAUAGAUAAUAGCCAUUCGACGUUACUCUAUUGCAUGACUGUCUCGUACUCGACUUGAGAUUUACAGUACAUUGAAAACCACACGCUACAAGUUAUAUACUAAAUUAUUAUACACAAAACAUGGCGUAAUAAUUAUAAGAUAAUCAAAGAAUACCAUACAAUUAAGACAACAUCUUAAUUGUAACAACAAAUUAGUUAAAAAAGAUCAAACCGCGGGCAGACAAAAAAUUGGAACAACAAUUAACGUCUCUAAACUCAAUCCUAAUUGUAUUUGUGAUUUUUUUUUUUCAUAGAACGCGAAACGCUUACCGCGUGGCAAAAAGCAACACAAAGCCAAUAAACUUACAGCUUUUACUAAAAAGCAGCACGUUGAUUAGCUAUCGCUUCUUGUCACGCGGAAAGCGUUAAUUUCCGCGUGCUGAAGCCAUAUGAGUGUCUAUUAACAUAUAUUAAGGUUACGUUUUACUUGACAAACAUCGACGAGUAUCACUCUACCUUUACUUUUCAGUGCUUGUUAAAUAGAAAGGGAAUAAUGCUCGCGUUGACGCAAUUAUUUUCAAAUGAAACUUAAGUUCAUGUGCACGCGACGUAUACGCAGACGUUAAUGAGAUCAUGAAGACCGGCCAAUCAGAUGCCUUUCCUCCUUUAUUGUUAAGGUGCCUUUUCACGUGCUGCUGAAAUCGACCGUUUGAGCGACAAAAAGGAUCACGUGACGAAUUUUGUCGCAGAAUAUUAUAGCGGCAAUUUUUGUACAUGAAAAGGGAAUAGUAGCGACAAAAUAUAAAGUUCAUCGACAGAUUUCGCGUUUUUCGUGUAUUAGUAUAUCAGCAUUAUUAUAAUAUACAUAGUUGGGUGUGAUGGCUUCAAUAAAAAAAAAAAAAUAUUACAAUUGGAUAUUAAAUUGUAAUCGAAUUAUUCAAGAACGUAAAAUUGAAAAUCAAAAUAAUAUCAGUCUUGCUAUAAUAUCGUUGAUAUGUUUAACAAAAAAAGGCAUUAUUCUAAAAAAAAGUUUUGGGUUGCACCACUAUUUAAAAAUCAUGAUAAAUAUGGAUUUUAUAAAGCUACUUUGGCAUAUAUAAAAUUAGAAAGUGCAAGGUUUUUAAAUUAUUUUCGCAUGUCAUCUAUACAAUUAGAGAAGUUGUUACAAAUGGUUGGUCCAAAACUUCAAAAACAGACAUUUCUCAGGGAGCCUGUCAGUGCUGAAGAACGUUUGUGUUUAACUUUAAGAUACUUGGCUUCUGGUGACUCAAUGAUAUCAAUGUCAUAUCAGUACUUACUAGGAUAUACAACAAUAAGCAAUAUUAUAUCUGAAACAUGUGAAGUAUUGUGGAAUGUUUUAUGUCCAAUCGUCCUUCCAUCGUCUUUAACUAAAGAAAAUUGGUUGUCUAUUGCAGAAGAUUUUGAAAAUCGUUGUAAUUUUCCUUAUUGCAUAGGUGCAAUGUCCAUUGAUGGAAAACAUAUUGUUAUUCAAUGGUCGCUUAGCAAUAUUUGCAUUCAAUUUUACAAUUUAGAAAUUGAACGUAUUAUAAUUAUUAUAAAAUUUAAUGUACUUUUUCAGUGUCCUGCUAACGGCUUUACAUACUAUAAUUAUAAAAACAGUCAUAGUAUCGUUUUAAUGGCAAUAUGUGAUGCUAAUUAUGUAUUCACAUUUGUUGACAUUGGAGCCUACGGUAGACGCAGCGAUGGUGGCAUUUUUAAAGAAUGCCAGUUUGGAAAAAAAUUUGAACAUAAAAAAUGAAUAUACCAGAUGCAGAGAUUAUUUCUGAAAAUGGUCCUAUAUUAUCAUGUUAUUUAGUUGGGGAAGAAGCAUUCCCUUUAAAGGAAUAUUUGCUUCGACCAUAUCCAGGAAGAGGCGGGCUGACUAAAGAAAAGAAUGUAUGUAACUAUCGAUUGAGCCGUGCCAGACGAACUAUAGAAAAUACGUUUGGCAUUCUUGCCAGUCAGGGCCAAAUAUUGAGAAAGCCAAUAAUUGCCAAAGUAGAAACUGUAGAGAAAAUUGUGCAAGCUAUUGUGUGUUUACACAAUUGGUUACGAAAAUAAGACAUAAACAUCAAUGAAUACGUGACUACAGAUAUGGUUGAUAAUUUUGAUGAAAAUGGUUUUACAUCUGGAACUUGGAGAACAGUUUUAGAAUGUAGUUCUGCCUAUCGCGAAGUACACCGAACAGGAUCAUAUAUGAGUACUCGGACAAGUAUUGAAAUGCGAGAUAAGUUUUGUACAUAUUUUAAUAAUGAAGGGUCUGUACCAUGGCAAAAUAAUUUUGUCUAAAAAGAUUUCUCCAAAUAUAUAACAUGUGUAGUAGCUUCGCAUAUUUAUUUAUAUAUGUAAAUAUAUAAUGUUAAAAGACGUUUACUUAUAUUAUUUUAUAAAAGUAGGAAUAUAAACUAUACAAAUAAU